AUGUCGAGCGGCCUUCCCUAUCUAAACAAGCUGCGCAAGCCGGAGCUGGUCGAGUUCGCCGAGAAAACCGACCUGCAAGACCAUUCCGACUUGAACAAGAAUGAACUCGCCGUCGCGUUGGAUAAGCAUCUGUCCGAAAAUCGCUCCAUAUUCUCAAGCGAAAAGAAACUCGCCGACUAUUAUAAGCGCCUCUCUGCGCCCCCUCGUGGAGCGUCGCCCAUGAAGCGCGAAGCCAAGGUGGAGAUCACCCCCGCGACCGAGAAGAAGACGCCUGCUCGGAGAACUACCAAGCAGAAGUUGGAGGAGGCAACCUCAUCUGACGAAGCUGCCAAGACUCCCAGCAGCGCCCUGCGUGCCUCUGCGCGCUCUAUAAGAUCCGUUGGGACUGUCGACUUGCCCGCUUCUCCAGCAGUGGUAGCGGAUGCAAUUGACCGGCAAACCACCAAGGUGCGCGAGGGCAUUGAGAAGGCAUGGACUUCGUCCGGCGUUCUUCAGCGCUCCCAGGAACUGCGCACGUCCCUAAGCAGUCUCCUGGCCAUCGAGGUUCUUAUCCUGUCCAUCGAAGGGUUCAGUAUUCUGAAAGAGCUCCUGCCAUUGCGCUAUGUGGGCACUACUCCCCCUAUUUCGGCAAUCCAUCUCGAGCCUGUGUCGGUCAAGAUUCCAGAUUUCUUCUUGCUCGUGAGCGGCGCGUUCUGGGCGCCCUUCCUUCUUUGGCUCCUCACUGGCUUGGUCCUACCUCUGGCCGCUGCUUACUUCUUUAACUUGAGCUGGAAGGCAGCUGGUGGCGCGGUGCGCCGUGGCCGCUCGGCUGCUUCCCACCAGGCUAACUUCGACCCGCUGUCCUUCAACAUCGCCAAAGCCCUGCUGGUAUACAAGGUCUAUGUGGACCAUUAUAGUUUCCACGGCCUGUUCAGCAACUAUGCCAUCGAAAAGGUCAAUGUGGCAAUCCCCGGUCAGUGGGCCGGUAUGCUUACUUUCACUGCCAUCGGUGCAGUUGGCACUUUGUACGAGGCUAUCUUGCGGUCGUAA